UCAGUGGCAUGAUCCACUUUCCUAGUCUUAAUGGGACCUAAUUCUGGAAUCAACCUUUUGUUAGUCGAAAUCCGAUUGUUUACCCGUCACCCUGAUCACGUGUGCAGAAUUAUCAAAAUAAAAAGAUCGUGGAAAAAUAAGUGACGGGAUCACACCCAUAAAUCCAGGAAAGAAGGAUUUGGAAGUGAUCAUCAUCGCCGAAGCAUGGCCGUCAAAACUCGUGAGGUUCACAGAGAUAACCUCCCGACCCUCUCCCAACAAAACGUCCAGGAGGAAUCAGACGAUGAUGACGAGAGCAUUGCAUCAGUAGAUGAAGAGGGCGAAGAGUCCGUCCAUGAGGACGACUCGGACGAUCCAUCGGACGAUGAUCAAGAUGAUGAUGAUGAUGAUGAUGGGGAUGAUGAACAAGAAGACGAUGAUGAUGAUUCUCGAGAUGAUGGAGAUGAUAACGGGAUGUCCGGAUGGGCUGAUGCCAUGGCCAAAGUGUUGAACACUGGCAAGAAAAUCACCACUACCGAUAAUCGAUCCCUUUUCUUGUCCAAGGCUCUCAAAGACAAGAAUGCUGCUCCGGAGUCUGUUCAAGCUAUAAAAGGGGCCCUGAAACGCGCCAAAAAGAACGAAAUCGAUAGCAUUUGCCGCUCCAAGCCUAACCCUGUUACCGAUCGACCUCGAGAAAGACAUCUCACAAAAUUGGCCACCAAAGGGGUUGUGCAGUUAUUCAACGCAGUGCGAGAGCAACAGAAGACUAUCAAGAGCCAAUUGAACGCCGUUGGCAAUUCGGUGACGAAACGAGAAAAGGUGUUCAAGAACAUCGACAAAGAGGGCUUCUUGGAGGUGCUCUCGGGUAACCGAAAGCGUGCAACUGCCAAAGGCACCGAAUCCGCCAACAAGAAGGCCAAGACCGAGGUCAAAGACGAAAUCAAGGACGACACCAGAGGCAAUGAAGAGGUUGAAGAGAGCUCGUGGAAAAUUUUACGAGACGAUUUCAUGAUGGGGGCAAAAAUGAAGGACUGGGAUAAAGAUUCUGAAAGUGACGGUUAAGCUCGCAAUUGAUACAUAAAACCUUGCUCUCCAAU